AUGAUUGAUCCGUCAAUUACUCAAGAGGAGUGGGAAGCAGCAGAACGCGAAGCUGACAGAGGACCAGUUCUGAACUUUCUACAAAACGCCAUGGAUCGACUUAAGAAGGCUGGGCCAACACCGCUGCCUCCUGCGAUUCCCAAUACUGCCCUCCGGGCACAACCUCUCUACUUUCGCAUACUUGAUUCUAGAGUGUGCGUAUCUGCUAUUGCAGUAGUCCUUUUUUCGCCACCAUAA